CGGCUGAGGUGAGAAUGUACAGGCCGAGAUCGAUGCAAGCAGCCAUGGAGUCGGCAAGGUUGCACGAGGAUCAUCUCGUAGCGGUACGGAAGGCGAGGCCGAGCGACAUGCGCAGGGAGCCUAGGCGCAAGCACGUCGCGACCGAUGAGCAGGUACCACGGUCCGAGAGCAAGCCAAUGGGAGAGGUGGUGCGAACAACGAGCAAUGUGCGACGACUUACGGACGACGAGAUGCAGCGGCGAAGGGAAAACGCCUAUGCUACACGUGCAAUGAAAAAUUCACGCCAGGCCACAAGUGCAAAG